UCAAUAUGAGACAUGACGAGACUUGGUGGGAGCGCAAGCCCUCACUUCCCCGUCCACAGUGUUGAGAGAGUGAAGGAAGACAGGUGGGUUCUAAAUCACACCGUGUACACCCUGACCAACGAAGUACCAAUAUGUAUAUAUUGUGAUGACGUGAUCGGUGUGUGGGAGGGAUCACUAACUACAGCAUAGUACAGUCUGUAUGGACGUAACUUGCCUCUGCGAUAGCUCUUGACGCUCUUGGAUUCAGUGUGUUCAUGGAUGAGUGUGGUACAGUUUCCUGAGCUGGAUUUUACUGAAGAAUGUAGACUUCUAUAUUACUGUCUGUGCUGUAAAUUGGGCUGAGUUUAUAUUUAUAUUUACACAACUGGGUAAAAAUGGCGAUCUCGAUGACUAUCUUGGUGACAUGUGUUAUCCACCUCCUGCUGUUGUCUGAUAGUGGAUUGAUAAAAGCAACAACAAUAUUAACGUCGACACCGACAACAACAUUGUCAGCAUCACAUUCAAGCACAGGGACAUCGCCGAAAACUAGUCCAAGUGCUACAAGUUUAAAGAGUUCAACCUCAACCUCAACCUCAACCUCAACAAAGUCAACAACAAUCCAACCGCCAACAGCACAUUCAAGCAAGGGUUCGUCGCAUGGUAAGAGUUCUAAUGGUUUAACCUCACCGUCGACAAUUUCGUCAACAAUCCAGCCGUCAAAAUUGCUUUCAAAUACAGGGACAACGCCAAAAGCUACACCAGGAUUAGCGAGCAAUACUACACCGAAAAGCCUGACAGCGUCUGGACCAAGCACGGUAAAUAGUAACAGCACAACCUCCUCUACUGCAACAUCUACGUCUAAUACCAGCUCAGUUACACCUUCUUCAACAGUCAGCUCUAGCAUAUCCCCAACAACUUCUACCACAACGGCUACAUCCUCAACCCGUCGACCCACGACGACAGCCGCGACAACUGCCAUAGCCCUAUCUGAGAAGAACAAGCAGCUUGGAUAUUCCAUCGGGGCUAUACUGGCUGUGUCUGUUGUUGUUAUAGGACUGGUUGCCGGGCUCACUGUGGUGUUAAAUACACGUAGGAUGGCUAAAGCCAAAAAUAUGAAGUCUAACGGUAUUGAAGAAGGUGGCUCAGGAGUAGUGAAUCGGGGAUAUGUCAAUGACGGUAACGAAUUGGAAACCCUGAACUCAACCACGGAUAUGGCAUCCAAUCCUUCCGGAAUUGUAACAACAACCACGGAUAUGGCAUCCAAUCCUUCCGGAAUUGUAACAACAACCACGGAUAUGACAUCCACUCCUUCCGGAAUUGUAACAACAACCACGGAUAUGACAUCCACUCCUUCCGGAAUUGUAACAACAACCACGGAUAUGGCAUCCACUCCUUCUUCCGGAAUUGUAACAACAACCACGGAUAUGACAUCCACUCCUUCCGGAAUUGUAACAACAACCACGGAUAUGGCAUCCAAUCCUUCCGGAAUUGUAACAACAACCACGGAUAUGGCAUCCAAUCCUUCCGGAAUUGUAACAACAACCACGGAUAUGGCAUCCAAUCCUUCCGGAAUUGUAACAACAACCACGGAUAUGACAUCCGCUCCUUCCGGAAUUGUAACAACAACUACGGAUAUGACAUCCACUCCUUCCGGAAUUGUAACAACACCCACGGAUAUGACAUCCACUCAUUCCGGAAUUGUAACAACAACCACGGAUAUGACAUCCACUCCUUCUUCCGGAAUUGUAACAACACCCACGGAUAUGGCAUCUGCUCCUUCUUCCGAAAAUGUAACAACACCCACGGAUAUGGCAUCUCUUGACCCGAGCAUGACUUCCCCUGUAGACAUGAACGGCAGCGGAAGUACCAAUCCUCUGACUUCAUCGAUCACAAACUCAGAAAUGGCGAGUUUCACCGCUUUGAACCACACGAUGGAAGUUUCAACCGUUACCCUAACUGCAACAUCUAGCAUGGGAAACGCUUCUACAAACGAUACUACGCCAGCGACUCCGACAUCUACGACAAGGCCCUCUGUGAGUUUUACAGAAAAGCAGCAACGCCUCGCCAUCUCGGUAUCAGUCUUUGCUGGCGGAGCUAUCAUCCUCAUAGCAAUCAUAGCAGGUAUACAUUAUUGUCUUUAUAACAAACGUUUGAACUCUUCCCUAAGACAUACAAAGGUCACCAGGGAAGAGGCAGUGUUGUCACAGGACAAACCAGCUGGAGCGAAUUCGAUGACGUUCCUACAACCUCCAUGUCUUACAACAAGCCGCUGGAAUAUUAAUAGUAGCGCUGAUACUUUGUGUCGUCAUUACGUUCAGCUUCGUCUUUUGGACUCGAAUUUCUACUCGAUAUUGGCCAUACAACGUUGGGAAACCUAAAGGUAAUCAUCGAGCGGUCAUCUAAGCGCUGUUUAAUUUCAAAUGAGGCAUACAUAAUUGUACUAUUCUUAACGUCAAGGCGUUUUCUAAAUGGAAAUAUUUCUUUCCCGUUUUUCUGUAAUGCAGUGGUAGAUAUAAUGCUCCUGUUGUGUGCAAAAAUGGAAUCCUAUUGUAACUUAUUAAAGUCAAUGGUUACUGCGGGUCUUCCAGCCUCUUAACAUCGCUUGAUGGCGUAAAUGGGACCAUAGCAACUCAAUGUAUACUGACCGAACGAAAUAAGGGAACAGUUAUAAAGGGAAGCUUAUAUUGGCGUUGUAUUUGCCCUGUAGAUCACGAGUCUAACAUAUAUGGCUAUGUAAUAGCAGGAACUUGUCCUUCGUCAGGGUCUGCUUCUGCGACAAGACACUUACAAACAUCCUUUAAAAAUACAGUCCCACCCAGUUCCCCCGAUAAACAAGGGGAUUUGUGCAUGAGAUCACGUGUAACCUUGGAGAAC